GCUCGGCGCGGCCACCUCGGCCCCUCGCAUCCCUCUCGGGGAGGAAAACAAACAAACUCUGUUUUGAUCAGAGCGCGGCCAGAGACCAUUUUAUUUGAGCAAAGCGGGGGGAAGAAGCGAAGAGAGAGCGCCGCGGAGAUAUCGGGAUUUAAAGCCUGCUCCUCGCCGCCCCCUUCCCCUUUCCCCCCGUAAGACCCCAGUGCGCGCAGGCAGCAGCCUGACAUCCCUCCCGAGCGGCGGCGAUGGGGUGUCUGGGCAACAGCAAAACGGAGGAUCAGCGUAUCGAUGAGAAAGCGCAGCGAGAAGCCAACAAAAAAAUAGAGAAGCAGUUGCAGAAGGAGCGGCUGGCUUACAAAGCGACGCACCGCUUGCUUCUGCUGGGUAAGGCGGCGGGGCAGGGCAGGGCAGGGAUUCUUGGGAACUUGUAUGUCUGCACUGAAGCAAGUCAGUAUGCAGACAACUCUUUUAGUACAAGAAGUUAUGGAACUCGGGAUCCACAGUGA